AUGAAUAAUUUCAAGCCUCCAUCAUACAGCUACUUCGUCGUGUUCUACCUUACCAUCUUGUAUGGUGUUGUUCAAGGACCUUACAAAGAUGGAGAUGUCAUUUUGGGUGGACUUUUAAGGGUUCAUUUGAGAGGAGAUGCUGAAAACCAAUGCGGUGAGCUUGAUGUUGGGGGCUUAAAUCGCGUGUUCGCCAUGAUAUUUGCCAUUGGAAAGAUAAACAGCGAUUCAAAAUUACUUCCAAACAUAUCUAUUGGCUACGAUAUACGAGAUUAUUGCGAGGUUUCCCUAAAGGCUACACGAAUUUCUUACGAUCUUAUUAAAGACAAGCUCCUCACGAACAUGACGCAAGGUAAACUCGGAAGCAAAUCGAUCACGGCUCUAAUCGGUCCAGACGACUCUAGCACCGCUGUUGUUAUCGCUGGACUUCUUCAAGCCUUAAAUAUUUCAGCUAUCAGUCCGACUGCGACCAGUCCUGAACUAAGUGCUCAAACUUAUAAGUAUUUGUAUCGAACGGCGCCCUCGGAUGCCUUUAAAGGAAAAGCCAUGGCUGACCUCAUAGAGUACUUCAAAUGGAGUUAUGUCGCCGCUGUCGGACAAGAUGACACAUAUGGACGAAAUGGACUUUGGUCGGUAGUAAGAGAAGCUGACGCUAGAAACAAUUCAUUCUGCCUUGCUAUGACGACGUUUAUUCCGCAAGAAAGUCGCAUUUUGAGCAUUAAAAACAUUGUUACAACCCUUAGUCGGCGAGAAAAUAUCAGAGUUGUGAUUUUGUGGUUAUACGGUAGCUAUGCAAAGCACUUUUUCGAUGAGGUCUACAGACAAAACCUGACUGGGCGAGUCUGGAUCCUGAGCGACGUCCUCAUUUCUGAUUCCAUUCCAGGUUUUUCUUCCAUCCUUGAUGGAUCCAUAGUCGUCAAGCCUCAUACUUCUUCGGCCGACACCAAAUUUGAAGAACAUAAAAAUGAUUUAUCUAUUGCAACAAUUAAUGAAACCUUUCCGGAAUGGUGGAGCGAGAUAAAGACGCUUAUAACAGAUUGCUCGGCAGGUGAUGAGAACGCGAAUUCAACGGAGCAAUGUUUCCAUGAUUUUGUUCAGCGCAUGCAAGGUUCUUAUACUCCGUACGUCAUUGACGCUGUUUAUUCAAUGGCACAUGCUUUGAACAUCUUAGUCGAAAGCACCACAGUGAAGGAUAUAGAUUACAAGCUAAAAUCUACCAUGGAUAUUGAUGUGAUGAAAAGUCGCCUUUCUAGAGUUAGUUUUGCUGGACUAACGGGAAAUGUAAGUUUUGAUAAAGAUGGUGACACUGUUGUGAAAAAGAUGGCUUAUGACAUUGUCAAUUUUCAGCAAGUGGUAGAAGGUCACACUAAACGAACGAGACAGGUUCUUGUCGGACAAUGGAUAGAAAAUGAGCCCCACGCCAAACGGCUACAUUUUUCCCAUAACAUUCACUGGAACACUCCAGCUAACCGACCUCCAAAGUCUGAAUGCUUGGAGCAAUGCCCUGCUGGAACUAGAAAAUCCACCACUUCACCAUGUUGUUGGAACUGUGUCGCAUGUCCUCGUGGCACAGUCAAUCCAAUUCCUGGCUUGGAGACCUGCAUUGAAUGUCCCAGAGGAAAAAAAUCCAAUGAGGCCAAGACGCAUUGCGUGGAUCUACCAGUGGCCAAUCUCAAGUAUUCCAGCACAGGAGGAAUAGUUAUUCUUGUAUUUACUGUUGCUGGUAUGGUAGCAACCCUCUUUUCGUUUGCUGUCACCUGUAGAUUUUGGAAUACUCCAAUUGUCAAGGCAUCCAACAGAAGAUUUAGUAUCGUCCUUCAGAUAAGCAUUCUGUUGCUCUUAACUCUAGUGGUUAUCAAUCUUUUCGAACCCUCAGAUACAACUUGCAAGAUCAUUUAUCCAUGGCGUUACUUAACCUACAACCUGUGUUUAUCAUUUCUGCUAGUCAAAAUUUUACGUAUUUCCAGUGCUUUCCAAAUUCCGAUAGUGCGUUCUUUUGAGAUAACCCAUCUUACCAACAGAAUGCAAGUAGUGAUCAUAAUAACCAUGCAUAUUGUGUUGUUACUUGUGUUACUACCCUGGCAGCUUCUGGAUCCACCCAUCAAAAAGGAACACAUUCUGACGGAACAGUACAUUUUUAUCGAGUGUAAGGCGUACAGCUUGAUAGUCGGCCAAGGCUUUUUCCUGGCAGCGUGCUCUUAUAUUCUUAUUCAAAUACUUUUCUCGGCAUUUUGUUCUUUUAAAAUAAGGAACGUUCCAGAAAACUUUAGUGAGGCUAAACGAAUGGCAUUUUCGAUGUACAUAUUUUCGUUUUCAGUUUUGGUCUAUUACCCGGUAGAGUUCUCAAUGAAUGUAUGGUAUGUGACUGUUGUAGACUGUGUUACAACACUGUUGACUGCUUAUGGCCUUAUUUGUUUUAAAUUGCUACCAAAGAUUUAUAUCAUUUGGUUUAGGCCAGAGCUGAACAAUUCAAGCCAAAUUCGUAAUGAAGUAACUCAAUUCUCGUUUGAACUUAGCUCUGCUUUGCGUAUUUACCCUGCAUCGGGUCCUAAUACCACGGAUGGCGAAACCGGCUAA